UUUAAGACAAUGUUUUCUUUAUCCCAAGCUCUGUAUCAAACAUGAGACUGAAAGAGCAAGUUGAGUAACCACCACAAAGCAAUCAUCUUAAACUCAAACCUAAAAUAAACAAAAGACAAGAAAAUAAAACCCCCGAGUAACUCGAGCAACCAGCUUCACUUGUGGCUCAAAUCUUAUUCUUCAUCAUCUCUAUAACUUCAUCUUUUAUUUUUCUCCCUCUCCUUCCAGCGCUUAAGAAAUGUCUUCGGACACGUUGGACAAGCUGGUGGUGUUCUUGGCUAAGAGAGAUGGAAUAGACAAGCUUGUGAAAACAUUCCAAUACGUCUCCAAGCUAGCCUGCUGGCACGUUGAAGCCACACGACCCGAGGCGGCCGAGAAGUUCAAGAAAUGGGAGGUCGCGUCCGGUCUCAGCCGCAAAGCAUUCAGGACCGGGAGGUCUCUCACGGGUUUCAAUGCCUUGAGACGAAACCCUGGUGCAACACCUGUGAUACGUUUCUUGGCGGUUCUAGCCAAUUCAGGAGAGAUGGUUUACUUCUUCUUCGAUCAUUUCCUUUGGUUAUCAAGAAUCGGUACACUAGAUCCUAAGAUCGCUAAGAAAAUGAGUUUCAUCUCGGCUUUUGGUGAAUCUUUUGGUUACGUUUUCUUUAUCAUCAUCGAUUGCAUUUUCAUAAGGCAGAGACUCGGAUCCUUGAAAAGACUCAAGACCAAUGAUGAACCGAAAGAAGAAACCAGCGGGAAAAUCAGCGAGAUUCAGGGAGAUAUAGUGAUGAGAUUGAUGGGAAUUUCAGCUAACGUUGCGGAUUUGAUUAUCGCAUUGGCGGAAAUUCAACCGAACCCGUUUUGUAACCACACGGUUACACUCGGUAUAAGCGGUUUAGUUUCGGCUUGGGCUGGUUGGUAUAGGAAUUGGCCAUCGUGAGAGAUAUACUAAGAUCAAAUGAACGUAUCUAUAUGUAUGUAUGUUGUAACUUGUAAGUGUGACCAAUGCGUAACUUACUUGAAUAUAUAUAUGCACACUUCUAUUUUA